GACAGGACAGGUAUGCAGAAGGGGCCUGAAGCUACUUGAUACCUACGAGUACCUACAAUCGGAUGAGCCAGAAUUAUAGAGCACAUCCAUACUCGUACAUCAGGACACUUUGACCACACAAGCCAACGAGUGGCGCCUACACGCACCUACAGCCAUCACUCAACAUCUCACCCAUUCCAUUCAUUUACAAUGACCAACUACCAAUUUCUCUCUACUUGGUGAAAUCCGUUGUCACAUACAGCCGAAGCUCCGUGGUGGGUUAAGUCAACUCCACGGUGUAACUGCGACUGCGACCGCAUUUUUGACUUCAAGUUUUGUCCGGCAAGCCGCACACCAAACAUCAUGUCUGAUCCGACCACGAGUGCUGCUGCUGCUGCUGCUGCGGAUGGAAAUGCGGCCCCAACGAGAGACGAAGAGCAGCCGGAACCUCUUUCCUUUACGCUGACGAUUGUAUCUCCAUCCGUUGGAGCCAUCCGCCUCGAAUUCCCUCACCUGCCAGCAACGACAACCGUCGAGCAGUUGAAAGCAAAGAUUCGAGAUGCCUUGCCGUCGAAGCCUGCAAAUGAACUGCAGCGGCUCAUCCAUCGUGGCCGAAUGCUUGCGAGGGAGUCGCAAACCAUGUUGGAGAUUUUUGGGCAAGAUGUGGUAAGCCAAAACCAACCCCCGGAUCAUAUAAAUCCGUACGGACGUAUAGUUCAAGACUAACUCAUGUUCCAAUAGCUGUGUCAUCCCGAAUCCCAAAUUCUACACUUGGUUUUGCGCCCAGCGGAAGACAAUCAAACACCUGCUGCCUUUCCGGCUCCAAGGCCCCAAUCGAUACCACCAGCACCAAUACCUUCGGCCACUCCACCGCCAGUUUCAGCACCGCAGCUGCCUCUUGUCAAUGGAGGAGUCUUUGGGUCCAUGACAACUCGUCAGCUACCCCCUCCACAACCACGGCCGCAAUCUACUCCUGCAGUCCCAGGUCAUGGGAUGCAUGCCCAGCAGCCUCUUCCCGGAUUCCAGCAUGUUCAACAGCAUCGUAUUCUUCACGAAGCCGAGCAAUACCACAAUAUGAUUGCUCAGAGGCUCCAACAACUUCAGCGCGAAACACAACGCUUGCAACAGGAGAUGGGUUCAAUUGAGAGUCGGUACAGAGAUCCAGCGAGAAUGGGUCUGGGUAACCAGGGAGUGCAGCCUGGAAUGGCAAUACCCUUCUUCAAUCCUGCUGCUGCCGACAAUCCAGCCUUUCAAGGACCUGUUCUCGGAAUGCGACCACCUCAUGGUAUGCCUCCUUCGGUACAAAACUUCAUCAACCAACAGCAAAGAGGACGCGCAGCAGAAGGGUUAACUGGCGCUCAAAGUGGCAGCCGGACUCCUGGGGGAACAGUCCGAGCAAGCUCGUUGGGAAGAGCCAGUCCAAGUCGUCGUAGACCUGAACAUACAACUACAUAUACUCGGGAAGGUGUCGGGCCUAACGGAGAAAGAUGGCAGAUGACUGUCAACGAAACCACUACGACACUUCCCAUAGGUUCAGCUUCCGUACAUCAUCACCACCAAGCUCCACAAUCAUCUACAAAUCCCGCUCUAGAUAUUCAAGCAGUCUUGAGAAAUGCAGACAGACAACUAGCUUCUCAAAAUGACAUGCUCAGGAGCACGUCGAAUCCAAAUCCUUUGCGCUCUCCAGAAUUGAAUGGCGGUAAUGCGACUAAUUCUUCGCUUACUCCCAGCCCAGGGGUAACCGAUAACGCCACAACCGCCAAUAAUACCCAGAAUUCUGAAUCAAUGGUCUACAUUCUUUCCUCGCCUCAAGGCCCUCGGGCACUGCUUGUCAGCAAUUCUGAAUCUUAUUUUACCCCUCGUCAAUCUUCUAGGCGUCGUAGGCAUGACGCAGCCCAAGCGGCGGUAGGUCAGGGUGAGGCAGCAGCGCCAAUUGGACUCCCAGAAUACCGCAAUAGACCAGCUGUAAGAGCCCGCAGAGGAAACAAUGAAGGCGUUGCUCCAGUACAAGCAGCUCACGCGAAUCCGGGAGCCGGCGCCCUAGCUGCACGAAUCGGACAAAUCCUUUGGUUGAUUGUUCGCCUCGUUAUGGUUGUAUGGUUCUUGACUUCUGGAGAUUCUAGUUGGACUCGUUGGUUUAUGGUGACCGGCAUGGCAUUGGCAAUUUUCAUCAUCAAUACUGGCCUCUUCAAUGGCGCUGGAGAUCAAUUGUGGGGUCCUAUUCGAAGACACCUCGAGGCUUUACUUCCACUUGCUGAUCCGGAUGCUGCCAUGGUUCCUGCUGCAAACGCCGUCAUACCACAAGCUGAGGUAGCUCGGGAAAAUAAUCCAGCUGGCCAGCGAGGUGCAAACAAUGAACCAAGCCCUGAGUCCGUGGCGGCUAGGUUGAUUGAGCAACGUAGACGAGCCGAUGUUAAUUGGUUCAUGAUACAGGUUCGACGUGCAGAACAUGCUUUACUUCUGUUUCUUGCAAGUUUGGUACCGGGUGUUGGGGAACGUCAUAUUGCAGCCAGAGAAGCAGAGGCAGCUGAGCGACAACGACGUAUUGAUGCCGCUGUUGCAGCUGCCGAAGAAGCUCAUAGGCAAGCAGAUGCUCCGCAAGAAACACCUACGGAUAAUGCACCAGCUGCUAACGAUGGGGUUGCUCCUGGUCCAAACGAGCCUCCAGUUGAACCUGAACCGCUCAUUCAAGUCUGAUUUCAUAGGAUUGAGGUUUUUGAUGAAUUAGUGAUUGG